UGACAAGCUGUGUAACUGCAGCCACCACCAUUCUCGUCAUCUGGUAGCUUCACGACGAACCAUUUGCCUGUUGACUUCUGCACCACCACUAGCACGCCAUAAAGAAGACCAAGCCAUUAGCCAAGACUUGUGUGUGUGUGUGUGACGAGCAUUAUGGUGAUCUCUCAAUAUUCUGUGUUCUGAUAUUUUUUUUAACGUCAAAUCCAUCCAGCCUCUACAACGACUAUACUACAUGCUUCUUACUUGCUGUAGUUAGCCCAUAGAAUCGCUGGUUUGAUGAUUAAUGAAGAUCAUUAGAUGUUGAUGUGACUUUAUAUUACAUUGAGUUUUGUGAAUAUUUUGUGUCCUUCGGCUCUGAACCUAUGUUUUGGAGUUUCUUAAUGUUGACUACUAUUGAUGGGCUAGUGGAGUGGUGGUAAAGACAAUUAAAAACAAAUAUAUGAACGGAAUGUUACUUUGAAGUUAUUUAUAAAGUAUUGGAGGCAGCUUGACUAAUGACGACCAACACGAGAACUAUAGAACUGAUGACUCUAACUUCACGUCCUAUAGUAACAGCCUAGAACCGCAGAACUACCACCUAAUAUCCCCAGAACCAGAGCAGUACUGAGAGAGAGAGCCACGACACACUGGAACGUAUACAGAAAAACAGAACCUUUACACCACAGUACAAAGAUCACCACUGUAAACACCAAAAAACCCCAGAACUACAGCAGAAGGUCAAAACUAUAGCAGAAAGUCAGAAUUACAGAAAGUCAGAACUACAGAAAGUCAGAACUACAGAAAGUCAGAACUACAGAAGGUCAGAACUACAGCAGAAGGUCAGAACUACAGAAGGUCAGAACUACAGAAGGUCAGAACUACAGCAGAAGGUUAGAACUACAGCAGAAGGUCAGAACUACGGCAAAAGCCCAGAACUACAGCAGAAGGCCAGAACUACAGCAGAAGGUUAGAACUACAGCAGAAGGUUAGAACUACAUCAGAAAGUUAGAACUACAGCAGAAGGUCAGAACUAGGGCAAAAGCCCAGAACUACAGCAGAAGGUCAGAACUACAGCAGAAGGUUAGAACUACAGCAGAAGGCCAGAACUACAGCAAAAGCCCAGAACUACAGCAGAAGGUCAGAACUCCUCCCUCCCCACCUACCAGAACCAAGACCCAAAACCACCUUCGUCUCCUGUAGGACCCCAGAACCCACCAUGUACGGGCUGGACAAUGCUAACCUGGAGGUAAUGAAUCGACAGUGGAUGACCUCACCUGGUUACCUGGAAUGGGAAGCCGCAGCCUCCACCUCCCCGGGUUCCUCUUGUGAAGCCUCUGAUCCCUGGGUUCCUUGGGCCUCACCUCACAAAUCCCCACAGGAGGACUCCCUGGUGGCCUCCAACGUUCGGGAGAACCGACGGCGGCGGCGGAUAUGUCCCCUGGCGCAGGUGCGACAACGACAGGCGGCUAACAUGCGGGAACGACGACGCAUGGCCUCCAUCAACGACGCCUUCGAGGGCCUGCGAGCUCAUAUACCCACCAUGCCCUACGAGAAGCGCCUCUCCAAGGUGGACACACUACGGCUGGCUAUAGGCUACAUCACCUUCCUGUCCGACAUGGUAGAGACGAACCCUUCGCUCCAGGCUCAAGACCCAGCCAGCAACAACAACAAUAACAACAACAAGGUCCUCGUCAAAAGCAGCCUGGAUAAUUAUGACGCCUGUGUAGGAGGAGGCGCCGAACAGCACACCUUUACCGAGUUAUCCUGGGCACCUCAGCGUCAGGAGAUCAUCAAUGGGCGGGUCAACACCUCUCUCUGGACACCGACACACGCCCUUGCCAAUUGACAUCCCCACCAACCACGCCUACAAACACAGGCGCGCCCUCGAUAACACACACCCACACUUGCGACCAGGAAACACUUAGAGUAAAAGGGGAAGGAAGAAAAAACGAAAAAGAAAACUAAAGAAGAGGAGAAAUGAGGAAGAGAGGGAGCGUAUAUUCUGUCUUCUGAUUGGUUAACAGAGGCGUGUAAACAGUUCAUAUAGAUUAUUGAACCAAAGAAACGUGUUAUGUCUAAUUGUGAUGUACUCAAUGACGUCACUAAUGAUAUGCCAGUACUAGAUGAGCAUUGAGUGACGUCUUAUCUAGCCUAGUUAAUGACGUCAGUGGAAAAAUAUAUAAUACACAAUUGGGUGAAACACUAAGUGACGUCAUCUGGCCAAGCAAGAUAAUGACGUCAGUGAAAAAAUAUAUAAUACACAAUUGGGUGAAACACUAAGUGACGUCAUCUGGCCUAGCUAAUGAUGUCACUAACACUAUAAACCACUAUUGGAGGAACAUUAAGCGACGUCAUUUAGCCCAUAUAAUGAUCUCAUUCAUCUACAAAGUAUCAAAAACUAGUGAGAAUUAAAAAAAAAUAUUAAAAAUAAUAAUUAAAAUUGCACCCUAGUCAAUGGUGUGAUAGAAUAGAGUUAAUGAAAUA